GGUACCGUCAGACGAACCCAGUACCUUCCAGCCUUAUGUUCGAUGGGGUUUAACCACUACACAUGCACCGAGGCCGGUCCUAACAGUAUACUCUUAUCACAGUGCGGAGCUCCGCCCAUUGAAUGUGACACAAUCUCAAUAUAGAAUUGAUCGACGAACCAAGUCACAAUACCUGUUCGGCUCACGAAAGGUAAACACGCGUUAUACAGCUGAUAAUGGACAACCGCCUUCCUACUACUUCUACCACCACCACCAACAACAACAUCAACAAAACCAUCGUGGGCUAAGGGACGACAUCCUCACCCCGUCACCCCCACCCCAGGGAUGACCCAGGAGAAGAAACGGGACAACGUCCUACCCCACGAGAGGAUGGGGAACGUGUCGCGGGGCGGCACAGAGGACCAGUGGGUAGCGCUGCAGCACAAGACGUUCGUGAACUGGGUGAACGAACAGUUGACGAUGAGCGGGCGGUCCGUUGAGAACUUGGCCACGGAUUUCUGCGACGGCGUCAAACUCGUCGCCCUCGUCGAGUCGCUGCAGUUCCGGAAGAUCGGCAAGGUGUACAUGAAGCCGAAGAGCAAGAUCCAGAUGUUACAGAACGUGGAUCUAGCGUUCAGAGCCAUAGUCGAUGACAACAUUCGACUCGUUAAUAUAGGCAACGAGGACGUCGUCAAUGGAAACCUGAAGCUGGUGCUGGGUCUGCUAUGGCACCUGAUUCUGAGGUACCAGAUCAGCUCGAGCAAGUCAAAGGCGCCGCCGAAGAAGCUGAUGCUGGCGUGGUUCCAGUCCGUUCUGCCAGACAUGGAGAUCUCGAACUUCACGGAGGCCUGGUCCACUGGGAUCGCUUUACAUGCGCUCAUUGAUUACUGCAAGCCCGGCACUUCGCCAAACUGGCGGAAACUUGAUCCGAGAAACAGGAUUGAUAACUGUCGUCAAGCGAUGCAGUUGGCCAAGACACACCUCAACAUCCCUAUAGUGAUCACCCCCGAGGAUUUCGCCAGUAAGUCCUUGGACCAGUUAUCGGCCAUGACGUACCUCUCCUACUUCAUCAAGAAGGACUCCCCUGGUUACUACGCGACCCUCAACUGGGUGUGUCGUCUGCUACGCACCACCACGAUCAGCAACCUGUCGACCGACUGGAAUGAUGGCGUCUUCCUGUGUUCUGUCGUCAACGCACUGGGUGGAGAAGUGCCCGGAUGGCCAGACAUCGAUAAAAAUGAUCACGUUGGAACUUGUCAAAAAGGUAUAGAUGGAGGGAAGACCCUCGGUGUGGAACCGACCCUGACGGCCCAGGACAUGGCGGAUCCAGAGGUGGACCAUUUGGCCAUAAUGGCUUACCUUAGCAAAUUCCGCAAGAUUACUCCCAAAAAAUCAAAAGCAGAGAAGCUGGUCAUAAAAUGUACUCUAAAUCGAGUCAGAGAAGGGAACCAGACUACCUUUUCCUUAGAUAUCGUGGAUGCUGACGUCAUGAAGAGUAAAACGGAAGUGAAAUUACAGGGUCCCAACUCUCCGGUUCCUUGCGAUGUUAAGUGGGGUGAAAAGAGAGCAACGUGUUCAUUUGUACCAAACCAAACCGGUCAAUAUACGCUCCAUGUAAAGUAUGAUGGAGAAGAACUUGUGGGAAGUCCUGUUACGUUUAUGGUAAUUCCGGAUGUGUCAAAGGUCAAACUGCUUUCUCUGGCCUCUGCAAAGUUUGCUACUGGACAAAAAGUGGACAUUAAGGUGGACGUAUCUGGUGUCUCCAUGGGAGAAACAAAGAUGGAAGUAACGCCACCUAGUGGACAGGUUCGACUACUACAAUGUGAAAGGGAUCACGACUUAAUAAGAGCAUCUUUCCAUCCAGACUUAGAAGGUAACUGGACGGUCUCGGUGUGGUUCGAGGGUGAAGAAAUAGAAGGAUCCCCUAUCACAGUGACAUGUUUUGAUCCAAACCUGAUGUCACUGACGGGUCCAAGGCAAAUCGUCCUAGGCGAUGACGUCACGUUUACAGUAUCUGGAGUAGACAACGGAAGUCAUGACAUUUCUGUGAUUGUGAACUAUCGUGACGGGAGUAGAGUCGACAACGUAGAUGUCAGACAGUCCAGUGACGUCAUGGAAGCUAGUUUUACUCCCGCCAAAUCCGGCAAAUACACUGUCCAUGUGAAAUUAAAAGAUACAAACAUUAAAGGAUCACCGCUGUGUUUGGACGUUUUGGACCCGGGUCAGAUAGUAGUGAGCGGUGACGGAGUUACACAUGGGACGAAGGGUGAAGAGACGGAGUUUGUGGUGGACACGAAAGGUCUCGCCGGGACAAUAGACGUUGUUAUUGACGUCUCAAGUACUCCAGUCACCUACAACAAGACGAUGUUGAGCGAAGGACGGUAUUCGUAUCGCUACAUCCCAUCGCUAGCCGGCAAAUACACCAUCAGUGUUAAGUGGAACGGUCGUCACGUGACAGGUAGUCCGUUUUCACCGGGGAUUACAGACAGGUCAGGGGUCAAUAUAACUAGUGACCUCUCGGAUCUGAAAGACGAAAUCGACCGUCUCGUUUUGGAAUGUGAAGAGGUCACGACCUUGACAUUUGACGUCAGCGAUGCUGGGCCAGGUCAGUUUACUGCCGAGGUGUUGAGUCCGAACGGGAAGAUCCCAGUUGACGUGGACCAAUCGCGGGACGUAACAAAUGUUUCAUUCACAGCCAAAGAAGAAGGAGAUCACUACAUCCAUCUGUACUGGUGUGACUUGGCUCUAGAAUUCUCGCCAAUCGUUGCAUUCUGUGCUGGACCAAAGUUGCCCAUAGAUGCCUCUAAAGUAGUGGUAGUUGGGAAAGGUGCGGAACAAGCUCGAACCAUGGUAUCGACAGAAUUCAUGAUAGAUGGAAGGAAAGCAGGACCUGGCGUCUGUCGAGUCCGAAUCCAGGGCGUCAGAUCAAACAUUCCGGUGGAUAUGAGGGCCAUGAAAUACAACAGAUACGUCUGCACUUAUGUGCCUCCAUCUGCAGGAGGUUUCCUACUUUAUGUACACUGGUCUGACGUUAUGGUGCCAUGGUGUCCAUAUAAAAUAUCUGUGAGGUCAAGGGGAGAAAUUGGCUUGGUGAAGGUCACAGGGGAGGACCUUAAUGGUGGGAUAACGGGACAGGAGCUGAAGGUUUAUGUUGAUGCCAGUGCAGCUGGUUCAGGAGAACUGACCGCGACCUGCGUGGGUCACAGCCAAGGAGCCCGCUGUGAAGUGAAGGAGAACAACACUGGCCACUACGUCAUCAAGAUCUACCCAACCGAGCCGGAGAAACAUCUACUGCAGAUCCGCUUUGAUGACCAGCACGUGCCGGGAAGUCCGUUCGUGUUGCGGAUAGGCGAACCCCCGAACCCGAACGAGGUGAAAGUGUUCGGCCCUGGGGUGGAGGACGGGUUGUUACAGACGUUCGAGAGUCGGUUCCUUGUGGAGACUCACGGAGCUGGCGCAGGACAGCUGGCCGUCAAAGUCAGAGGACCUCGGGGUGGCUUCAAAGUGGACAUGAAGCGGGAGGGGAAUGGUGACCGCACGAUCGUUUGCCGCUACGACCCCGUGGAGUCCGGCGAGUACACCGUGCACGUGCGCUGGUCGGGCGUGCACGUGCCCGGCAGUCCGUUCGUCGUGAAUAUAUUCGACACGAGAGAAGAAUUCCACGCCUACCUCAGAGAGCUGGGGAGACCCACGGUUAGAGAGAGUCAGUGGCACGCAGACAUCUGAACUGUCCGAAUUUCAAAUUAGACGGUUUCCAUGGUUACCCGUGAUGUGUUAAGACUGUUUCCAUGGUCACCCGUGGUGUGUUAAGACUGUUUCCAUGGUCACCCGUGGUGUGUUAGACUGUUUCCAUGGUUACCCGUGGUGUGAUAAGACUGUUUCCAUGGUUACCCGUGGUGUGUUAAGACUGUUUCCAUGGUUACCCGUGGUGGGUUAAGAUUGUUUUCCAUGGUUACCCAUGGUGUACUUUAGAAGGGCGAGUUCUCGCGUACAAUUUGACUGGUUUCAGGGGCGUAGACUGAUCUGAACCGGGGGAGGGGUUCGAAUAUAUAAACCUAGCGGACCAUUCGGUCUACAUUUUCAUUGUAAAUCUAUAAUAAUAGCUUAAUAUUAAAGUGCAAAAUAAAAAUGGCUUAGCUUCAGCGGGGACGUUCAUUCAAACCUCCCGAACCCUCCACCAGCCUACGCCUCUGUUGGUGUCCAUUCUAUUUUAUCCUACUAUACUGAUUUGACGUUGGGCUAAACAAAACAAAAAAAACCACCUAUAGUCCGUUCCAUCAUUUUAUAAACAUGUUUUUUGUAAAUCGUUUCAGAUUGGUUUGACGUAAGAAGAAAAGACGAAGUGUUUUGGAAAUAACAAAAAUAUACUAUUUUUGUAUAGAAUUUACAAAUCAAUCGGCUCAGAAAUAAAUAAUUUGUAGUAAAUUCCAUAGUAUGAAAAAAAUGCGUUCCAUGUGGGACAGACUAUAGUUAAGUGACGUAGAGCGCUGGGCAUUCCAAUAAAGCGUCUGUUCUCAAUAAACUCAGGACUACGUUGAGCCAGUCGUUGUUCGUUAAAUGUUCGUAAACUAUUUUGACUGGUUUUCGAAGUGGUCAUUCCAUUUAAUAUGUAUCUAGCAUAAAAACCAGCGUAGAUGGCAUUAGCGACAAACAGUUGGCUGAACGUACCCUAGUUUCCACGAUCACCCUUGGUGUGUUCAAGAACUCAAGCCCUCGCGAACAAUUUGACUGGUUUCCAUUUUAUAAUAUCCUAUCACAUUAUUUUUAAUGUUAAGUGCAAAAACCAGUUUAUCGAGAGACCGCGUACAUUCGGUCUCCUGGACAAACCUCUCACUAGACUAAUGUUCAUGGGACCCGUAGCAUGUUCAGGAUGACGAUUGCUCGCCAACUAUGUGACAGGAUUCCGUCCUAUUUUAUCGUAUUAUAUAUUCAUUUAACUUUAUGUUGCACAAACCAGUCCAAGAAGCGACUGCGAGCGCUCGAUAUCCUGAACGUGUUUUGCAAGUGUCUGAAAACUAACUUUAAAACAAAGGUUUUAUUUUGUUUAACGGCACCACUAGAUCACAUUGAUUUAUUAAUCAUCGGCUAUUGGAUGUCAAACAUUUUGUAAUUUUUGACAUGUAGUCGUCAGUGUUUUG